UCCCAGAUGAUUAGUAUGAACAUUAAGGUUCAAGAAGCAUUUUUAGACCAAAGGCAACUGAGAGUAAGCUAGGAUGAUGUGAGAAUCCCAGGUGGACACCUGGCACUCCCUAGUCUCUGCCCUCACUUGUACCUAUAUGACCAAUAAUUGAGAAAGGUGAUGUUUAAGUAUCAUCUGGAGCAAGGUGGGGGAAGACUUUUUCUUGUCAAAGAGGGUUAAGUAAUUAGCUUUAUCGUUUAUAAUAAAGAAAUGAAAGUUCCACACACUAAAAGCUCACCUCCAGGAUCUUCCUAUCUCACAGGCAAUGCUGACAAUUAUUCUUGGUGUCCUUCCAACUUCCAUCUGUUACAAUAUAAAAUCCUUUCUGACACCAGUACCAGCCCCGACCACUUGGCCUAGAAUUAGAGUCAUGGUUAAUGAAAACAGACAGCAUAUGCAUGCCAAGAAUUUGAAUACAGGACGGAGGUUACAGUCAAGUCUCCCCUUUACUUCCAGCACCAGAAGAGAGCACCCCAAAGUCCUUGGAGCAUCUCCAACCACAGCUCCUUUCCCACCCCAAAACCUGUAGGUUCGGCCCUGAGAGACGAUAAGCCCCACCCCCGCAUUUCCGGGUGCGGGGUGACCACGUGGUUGUCGCCAAUAACAACCCAGAACCUUCUCCCGCUCUCUGGCUACAGCUCACGAGUGGCAGUGGACUACACCAAUGGGCCCUUGGAGGUUGUCUGAGCGACAGCCAAUAAGACCAAUUAAAGUGAAGUAGGUGUGAGCCUAAGGCGGGACCCUGAGUACGGAAGCUGUCUCGGGACAUGAGGAGAGCGGAGAGAGAGAGACGGGUGGAGGGGCAGAAGAGGCAGGUUCUCUCCACCCCGGACCCGCUGUUCCCGGGCUAUGGCCCCCAGUGCCGUGUAGACCUGGCGGGAUCCCCGUGCUUGCGACCCCUGUUUGGGGGCCUGGGUGGCUACUGGAGGGCCUUGCAGAGGGGCAGAGAAGUUAGGACCAUGGCAUCUAGGGCCUCCGAACCUCCCCCAGGGCGCAGCGUGACGGCGGGCAUCAUCAUUGUUGGAGAUGAGAUCCUCAAGGGACACACUCAGGACACCAACACCUACUUUCUGUGCCGGACACUGCGCUCCCUGGGGGUCCAGGUGUGCCGAGUCUCUGUUGUACCCGAUGAGGUAGCCACCAUUGCUGCUGAGAUCACCUCGUUCUCCAGCCGCUUCACCCAUGUCCUCACGGCAGGGGGCAUCGGCCCCACUCAUGAUGAUGUGACCUUUGAGGCAGUAGCACAGGCCUUUGGGGAUGAGCUCAAGCCACACCCUGAGCUGGAAGCGGCCAUCAAAGCCCUAGGAGGGGAGGGCUGGGAGAAGCUGUCAAUAGUGCCCUCCUCUGCCCGCCUGCAUUACGGCACCGAUCCUUGCACUGGCUGCCCCUUCCAAUUCCCACUGGUCUCCGUCCGAAACGUCUACCUCUUCCCAGGCAUUCCAGAGCUGCUGCGGCGGGUGCUGGAGGGGCUGAAGGGACUGUUCCAAAACACAGCUGUUCGCUUCCACUUGCGGGAGCUGUAUGUGGCAGCUAACGAGGCCUCUAUUGCCCCCAUCCUGGCUGAGGCCCAGGCGCACUUUGGGCGCAGGCUUGGCCUGGGUUCCUACCCUGACUGGGGCAGCAACUACUAUCAGGUGAAGGUGACGCUGGACUCAGAGGAAGAAGGGCCCCUAGAGGAAUGCCUGGCCUACCUGACUGCCCGUCUGCCCCAGGGAUCGUUGGUCCCCUACAUACCCAACGCCGUGGAGCAGGCCAGUGAGGCCGUGUACAAACUCACCAAGUCAGGGUCUUCUCUGGGGAGAAAGGUGGCAGGUGCCCUGCAGACCAUCGAGACUGCCCUGGCUCGGUACAGCCUCCCCCAGCUCUGUGUGGGCUUCAAUGGGGGCAAGGACUGCACCGCCCUCCUACACCUCUUCCAUGCAGCUGUGCAGAGGAAAUGCCCUGAUGCUCAAGAACCCCUCCAGAUCCUGUAUAUCCGCAGCAUCUCCCCUUUCCCUGAGCUGGAGCAGUUUCUACAGGACACCAUCAAGAGGUACAGUCUGCGGGUGCUAGAGGCUGAAGGUGACAUGAAGCAGGCCCUUAGUGAUGUGCAAACACGGCACCCCCAGGUGGAGGCCGUCCUGAUGGGCACCCGCCGCACCGACCCCUACUCCUGCAGCCUCCACCCCUUCAGCCCCACUGACCCAGGCUGGCCUUCCUUCAUGCGCAUCAACCCACUGCUGGACUGGACCUACAGAGACAUCUGGGACUUUCUGCGUCAACUGUUUGUCCCAUACUGUAUCCUGUACGACCGAGGCUACACAUCACUGGGGAGCCGGGAGAACACGGUGCGGAACCCGGCCCUGAAGUGCCUGAGCCCAGGAGGACAGCCCACCUACCGUCCAGCCUACCUACUUGAGAACGAAGACGAGGAACGGAUGUCCCGCACAUGACCCCUACUCCUGCCUGCUCCCAGAGGGAGGGAAGGAGGCUGUCCUAGGAUGUAACCUGUCAAUAAACUGUGCCUCUCGUGU